ACAAUCACUAUAAUUAAAAAUAAUAAAAUUAUACAGCAAUAAUAAAAAAAUGGAAAAAAUGAUGUUUUUUAAAUUUCGAAAUCUCUAUAUUUGACGCUGGUGUCUUUUUAAGUUUAUUUCAUAUGGAACUUUUAACUCUCACAUGCUUAGCUGUUAAAAUCUAAAAUAAUUAAAAAAAGGAAAUUUUUCAACUUUACUCUCAACAAAAAACACAACGUGAAAAUUAUCUUAAUAUAAACAACAACAACAAAAUAAAUCUCUAUAAUUACUAGAGGAAUUGUCGGCUUUUUUAAGCUGUCCUCAACUCUCCCUCUAAGUUUCUCUCUCUUGGACUCAAUCUGCUUAAAGAUGUCGUUUCAUUUGAAGAAUCACACAACAUCAACUACAAGAGAGAGAUGUCUUUAUGCUAUCAUCUCUUUACUACUGCUAAUAAGUUUUCAUCAUCGGGGCUGUCGAGCGGAUGGCCUGCAGCAUAUGUCUGAUAAUGGUGGUGGAGUAGCAGGUGUUGGUAUGGGUGGCAAUAUGGGUCUGGGCAUGCAUUCAAUGGAAGUUAGUCCGGCUCCCGGUUAUGGUUUACCUGCCAUACCCAAAGAUCCCAAUUCAAGAUGUGAAGAAAUUACGAUACCCAUGUGUCGUGGCAUAGGUUAUAACAUGACCUCAUUUCCCAAUGAAAUGAAUCAUGAAACCCAAGAUGAAGCUGGUUUGGAAGUGCAUCAAUUUUGGCCUUUGGUGGAAAUCAAAUGUUCACCUGAUCUUAAAUUCUUCUUGUGCUCCAUGUAUACGCCCAUUUGCCUGGAAGAUUAUCACAAACCUUUACCCGUCUGUCGUUCGGUAUGUGAAAGAGCCCGUGCUGGCUGUGCACCCAUUAUGCAGCAGUAUAGUUUUGAAUGGCCCGAAAGAAUGGCUUGUGAAAAUUUACCCUUUCAUGGUGAUCCCGAUAAUCUCUGUAUGGAACAACCUUCUUAUACCGAUUCUUCUUCGUCUGGCGGUUCCUCCUCCAGUGGCGGCAGCGGCUCAGGCCGUGGUGAUUCUUCUGGCAGUGGCUCAUCCUCAGGUGGCGGUAAACGCAAACAAUCCGGUUCGGGUUCAUCAUCUGGCUCCCAAAAAUGUAAAGGCAAGAAUUCAAAAAACUGCCAAAGCUCCCUAGGAGAAAAAACAAACGCAAAGGAAUGCACAUGCUCGUGUCGCCCACCUCUCAUACUCCUGGGGAAGGAAGCUCAACUGAUGCAGCCGCCACUGCACUAUCCAUGGUACAUGAACUCGACUGUGUCAAGAAUCGCCGGCGUUCAAAAUUGCGCAAUACCGUGCAAGGGCCCGUUCUUCACAAACGAAGAAAAGGAAUUCGCCGGCAUAUGGAUAACACUGUGGUCGGGCCUAUGCUUUUGCAGCACUCUAAUGACACUCACCACAUUCAUCAUCGACACCGAAAGAUUUAAGUAUCCCGAGAGACCGAUCGUUUUCCUAUCAGCCUGUUAUUUUAUGGUGGCUGUGGGUUAUUUAUCCAAGAAUUUUCUGCAAAAUGAGGAAAUAGCCUGUGAUGGUCGUUUGCUGAAGGAAAGUUCAACGGGGCCACAUUCUUGUACCUUGGUUUUCCUUAUGACUUAUUUCUUUGGCAUGGCUUCCUCGAUAUGGUGGGUGAUCUUAUCGUUUACCUGGUUUUUGGCAGCUGGUUUGAAAUGGGGCAAUGAGGCCAUAACCAAACAUUCACAGUAUUUCCAUUUGGCAGCCUGGCUAAUACCCACUGUACAAUCUGUAGCUGUUCUACUACUCUCGGCGGUGGAUGGUGAUCCCAUAUUGGGCAUUUGCUAUGUGGGCAAUUUGAAUCCUGAUCAUUUGAAAACCUUUGUUUUGGCUCCUUUGUUUGUGUACCUGGUCAUAGGCACUACCUUUCUAAUGGCUGGCUUUGUAUCUCUCUUCCGCAUACGUUCGGUGAUUAAGCAACAAGGCGGCGUGGGUGCUGGUGUUAAGGCAGAUAAACUGGAAAAACUUAUGAUACGCAUAGGCAUCUUCUCGGUGCUGUAUACCGUCCCGGCUACCAUAGUCAUUGGCUGUUAUCUUUACGAGGCGGCCUAUUUCGAGGAUUGGAUUAAAGCCUUGGCCUGUCCUUGUGCUCAAAUCAAGGGUCCCGGCAAAAAACCAUUGUAUUCCGUUUUAAUGUUAAAAUACUUUAUGGCUUUGGCGGUGGGCAUAACAUCCGGCGUAUGGAUAUGGUCGGGUAAAACUUUAGAAAGUUGGCGACGCUUUUGGCGACGUCUCUUUGGCCAACCCGAUCGUACCGGGGCCAAUCAGGCGCUCAUCAAACAAAGGCCACCCAUACCACAUCCAUAUGCCGGCUCUGGCAUGGGUAUGCCGGUAGGUUCCGCUGCCGGAUCUCUACUGGCUACCCCCUAUACCCAGGCGGGUGGUGCAUCAGUGGCUUCCACUAGCCAUCACCAUUUGCACCAUCAUGUUUUGAAACAGCCUGCUGCCAGUCAUGUAUGA